AUGGCGCAAUCGUCUUUUAAAAGAAAGAUUAUCGGUGCGGCAGCCCGUGCUUUGAAAGCCAUUCCAGUGAUUCGUCCUCAAGAUCUCGCUACCAAGGGGACGGGUCAACUUGUUGCCGAUAAGGAAUCCAACUUUAUCCUGAACGGUAUAGAUACCAAAUUCACGCAAGAAACAGGACCAAGGGAUCUUAUUGUCUUACACAAAACUCUCAAGUUUGAAGUUGCCGAAGUGAUGUCUGACACUCAACUGAGGUUAAAAGUGGAGUUAAAUGAAGAAGCUCUUCAGUUUAUUAAAGAUGAGACUGCAUAUAAAAUCAUCCCUCAUAUUGAUCAAAGCAAAUUGUAUGAGAAAGUUCAUGAACGUCUGGAUGAAGGUGAAUGCAUUGUGAUCUUUCCUGAAGGUGGUAGUCAUGACCGUUCUGAAAUGCUUCCAUUAAAGGCUGGUUUUGCUAUCAUGGCAUUGGGUGCUAUGGCAGAGAACAAGAAUUUGAAGAUUAAAAUCGUCCCAGUUGGCUUGAACUAUUUCCAUCCUCAUCGUUUCAGAUCUCGUGCUGUUGUAUCUUAUGGCGCACCUAUCACUGUCGCACCUGAAUUAGUAGAGAAAUACGCACAGGGAGGAGCUUCCAAGAGAGAAGCAAUCUCUAAAUUAUUAGAUGAAGGAUAUGAUGGAUUGAAGAGUGUCACGGUGAAUGCACCUAAUUAUGACACACUCAUGAUCAUUGCCACUGCACGCCGUUUGUACAAGCCUGCAGCGGAACAUAAGUUGAGAAUUGAUCAGGUGGUAGAAUUAAACCGACGAUUUUUACUUGGUUACAAAUAUUUCGAAAAGGAUCCUAGAUUGGUGGAAUUGGCGCAACGUAUCAAGGCCUACAACAAUACAUUAAAAUAUUUUGGAUUGCGUGAUUAUCAAGUGGCCAGAACACAAACGACCAUGUAUUCCGCUGCGCCUGUAUUAGUGUCUCGCAUUAUAAAGCUCGUCUUUUUAGCAAUUUUUGGUUUCCCAGCACUUUUGAUCAAUUCACCAUUAAUUAUUUUAACACUUGUAAUCAGUCAAAAGAAACAAGAAGAGGCACUUGCUGGUUCUACUGUCAAAAUCGCAGCCCGUGAUGUGUUAGCAACUUGGAAAAUUUUAGUUGCAUUAGUUGUCAUGCCCUUGUUGUACGGUUUCUACUCAUUCUUAUUAUUUAUGUAUCUUUGGAAACACAGCUUCAACCAUGCGUUUGGGUUAUCGUUACUGGUCUGGGUCGCCUUACCAUUUAUUCAAUACAUUUGUGGUUUAGUGCUUGAGAAUUCUAUUGAUAUCUACAAGUCACUUCGUCCAUUGUUCCUUUCACUCAGUAACCCCGACGGAGCAGCCGAACUUCGUAUCAUGCGUGAAAAUUUGUCAGACACUAUUACGACUUUCGUAGAUGAGAAUGGAGCCACUGCACUUAGUGAUUUUGAUAUCCACAGAUUUGAUAAUCUAGAGUUGAAAGAUCAAGCCGAAUCCAGAAGCUUUUUGAAGGAUGUUAAGAUCUCACCACCCAAUAUCCAGAAAUGGUUUGAUGAUCGCCACAUAUUCAACUUCAAUACGGAUGAGUCUGAAAGCGAAUAA